GAUAAGGCAGCGCAGCAGGGAAACAACACCUUUAACAUCACACCUUGUUUGUACACAGACGGAGUUACUGCUUUUACUCAUCAUCCGUUUCUGCGAUUUGGUUAAUAUGGUGCUAAAAUGGUCGAUUAAGGCCUUUUACGCACACAUCUGUCGCCUGUUGUGAAUCUGAGCUCCGCUGUUAAGUCAUCACACUCUGAAUAUUCAGCUACAGUGAAUUCUCUAUAGCGCACAAGGCUGCCAUGCUCAAACAGAGAGAGAAAGAGCUUAUAGCAGAAAUAUGGGAUAAACUGACUCCCGUGGCAGAAGAUAUUGGAUCAGAGGCGCUUCAUAGGAUGUUUACCACCUACCCAGGUACCAAGACGUACUUUUCCCAUCUGGACAUCAGCCAGCGCUCCCCUCACAUGCUCUCUCAUGGGAAGAAGAUUGUUGUGGCCAUAGCAGAGGGAGCCAAAGACAUCAGCCAACUGACCGUCACCCUGGCUCCUCUGCAAACCCUGCACGCCUACACGCUCCGGAUCGUGCCGACCAACUUCAAGCUCUUCUCACACUGUAUGCUCGUCACCCUGGCCUGUCACAUGGGCGAUGACUUCACACCGGUUAUACACGCUGCAAUGGACAAGUUCCUGUCAGCUUUUGCAGCUGUCCUCUCCGAGAAAUUCAGAUGAGACCCAGCCACCUUUUUAGAAAGUAUAUAAACCAUUUAUGACGAUGUAUGGUAUGAAAUAUUUAUGUAGUUAUUGUUACGAUAUGUUUUGUAAGAAUAAAAAUGUACAAUAAACACC